CACCGUUCGCACGCGCGUCGCAACGCACCGUCGCCAUUUCGUCGAUCCGUGACGGCGGAGCACGACGAGGGAGGACGUCGAGACGCUGGAGCACGACGCCUGACGCCGGGGCUGGGACGCGUCGCGCGGCGAUGAAGGAGAGCUGAGCGCGGGCUCGCCGUCGUCCACGCCGGGGCAUACGAGUGAUGAGCGGUUCGCGGCUUGGCAGAGGCCGAGGUGGCCGCCUGGCUUUGUACGGGGGCUGCGCAGUGGCGGUUAUCUUGACGAUGAUCGUGUAUCGCAACACCAUCUCGGAGAUGACCAGGCUUCAAGAGAUGCAAGUGCAAUGCCUUCAUCAGCAAGAAUCUCUCGCUGCUCAACUACAAGUAAUAUUUGAGUACAAAGUACGGCUGGAGAAGUCCCUGGCCGAGGAGAAGAGCUCGAACGUCGCGGUGAAGCAGGAGUUGCAGCAGCGCGCGUCGCGGGAGAAGUCUCUGCGCGACAAGGACAGCAUAGAGGCGAUGCAGAGGUUCAAUUCGCUUCAGCAGACCUACAAGCUCCUGCAGACGGAGCAUCAGGACCUGCAGGAGGAGUGUAAGAAGCACGAGAAGCAGGCACUGGACGAGACCAGCAGGCUGGAGACGACGCUGCAGGACCUGCGCGCCCGCAUCCGGCAGGCUCAGGAGGACAAGUUCAAGGCUAUGGAGAACUUGAAGACCAAGUACCUGGAAAUAACCGACGAGAAGAAAGAGCUGCAAGACAAGUACAACGAACUGCUGCAGAAUAGGGACAAUACCGACAGCACCGUCGACCACCUUAGGAAGGAGAUCUUCCAGCUCAAACGUGAAUUGGAGAGCGCCAAGAAAUUCUAUGCUAGAAGUACAUCUCCUAGUUCAGUUUUGGUGACUCCACGAGCGUCAGUGUCGCAAUCGGCGCUGCAGAAAGAAGAUUCGCAACCGAUUCCGGCGCCGCAGCAGCAACAGCAACAGGUAAGUGCGCCGCAGCCACCAUACGUGUCUUAUGAUCAUCGCGCAGUCGGAGGGGCGACUCCGUCAGUGGAGAAAGCGUUAAACGACGAUGUCAACGAGCCGGCCAACGAUAUUAGGUUCGUUCAGCAGAAUGGCAACAUCGUUCCAGCCGGCCCGGGCGAGGUGAAAGAGAACGGCGAGCAGCGCGAACCCUCGGCUAACGACUUACAGCAAAGGCAGCAGAAAGACGUUGUCGAGCGCCCGAACGUGGUAGACGAAGAGAAGAAUGGACUCGAAGAAGAGCAAAGAAAACAGAGCGUGGCGAGUUCACGAAGAGCUCAGAACAUCACCGCGGCGAACAACGUCAACUCGGUAUCGCCGUCUCUCCUCGACAAGCCUAUGCCGCUACCAGCCAGACCGCUGUCGAAGGUCAAGGUACCGGUCGGCGUGUUGCCAAUACCGGAAAUCAUCGAGCAGAACGACGACGCGGAUAAGGAGAAGCUCCAGGAAGAGGUCCGAAAGCGGGAGGAGGCGGUGGCAGUUGACAAUUUGCAGCCACCGCCAGCGAAGCUCGCCCCGGCUAACGCGGCGGACGACAAGGAGGAAAAGGAACCGAUAGUCGAGGCUGGCAAUCUGGACCCACCGUUCGUCGCAAAUCCCCCCGUGCGGCACGUUGGCGAACAGGUCGAGAGGAGAGCGAAAGACGCUUGGUUGAGGGUGGGGCCUGGGGUACAGGAGGUCGGCGAGGAACUCAAUCGAGUUCCCGGAUUAGACGAUGGGCAGGCUAACGGCGGUGACGAUCAGUACGACGGCGAUUACGACAAGGAGCAGCAGAAGAACGAUAUUCAUCUGGCGGAGGGCGAGGACGAGGGGGAAGACGAGGGCGACGAUGUUUGAAUACCCGCAUAAUUUGAAGGAAGGCAAGCGGGAAUAAAAUCAGCGUCGUCGUUCAAAUGUUUUAUAACGCGACGCGCCGACUGGUUGGUGCAAGAGGAAGUGGGCUGAAAAAUAGUCAAACAACCUGACCCGAUCUGACCUGACCUGACCGAUAUUCACGAUCGGGUUUAAUCAGCGAAGAAUACUUAUUGUGUAUUAUAAUCUGUACGAAUCAUUCGAUGUGUGACGAGGAACUAGCAGGGAUCCGAUACAUCUUUCAUACGCGAGCUCUUGUACAAGAUUUUAACUAAAUAUCGAUAUAUGAUAGUAUAUACACGGUACAAAUAUCGUCAAGCGUAUCUGGACGUUCGACGAAGACUUAGGCGGUUCCGGUAAUUACAGAAGGUUCAGAAUAAACUAUUGUAACGCAUACUUUCGAAGAAGAAACAAAAACAAAGAUAGACUGUAUUUUUCUAGAUUAAGAUCUACAAUGCACGAGUCGAGUGACUUAAUCGCGUUUAUUACUUGGGACACUCGUGACUUUGUUACAAAUGCAUUAAGUUGAACUUGGAUUGCACUAGCAGAAUUAACUUUGUAACGUAGCGAAAGUACCUCGGAAACCACGCCCAGUAUUCGUGCAUUAUAAUGGAUUUGUGUUACAAUAAAAGAAAAUGUUAUCGUCAAUUAGGGAAAUUAAUUUCUUUUUAUAUACAAUCACAUGUAAAUACAUGAAAAUGUCAAUGUAAUCUACAUGUGAUGACAUCAGCGUUUAUAUUAUUUGUAUAAAUGCAAUUUUGUAUAUAAAUGCGAAAAAAAUUACACUAAAAUCUCUCGUCAUGAAUGAUUCGAUCUCACAACAUCGCAACGUAACACACUAGUAUUUUUAUAUAAUACGAAGUUACUCCUACUGUUGCAAUCUAAACCUUCUACGAUACCGUUAUCACGGCGACAAUGGUACAUCGGCAAUCGAGAUUACCAACUUGGUUAAAACGGCUUACAUCAUUUGAAUUAAUUUAAUCUUGUUUUUUCUUCUAAAGAUCUCCGUUGUCGCUAGCAAUCGCAGAGUCAUGCGCAUCUGUUUUAAGUAAAAUUAAAAAUAGACGUACUAUCGAAUUGAUAUAUAAAUAUGUACAUGUAUAUGUAUGUUUAUAUAUCGUGAAAUCGAUGUAUCGUCAAGUUAAUACAAUAUUUACUGUAAUCGUCAACGGAGCAAUCUAUACAAGAAUAUUUAUAUCUUAUUUAUUCUGUUCUUGCCGAAAACCUGACGAAUUUUGACUUAACUGAUUAAGUUAAGCGUUGAAAACUUAACCGGGAAAGAAUUAUUAUUAAGCAGUUUACGAUGAGCAUAGAUGAACAUAAUGUUUUGUUAUAGUUAUAGAUUUUUAGUAUAUAUACAGAGAGACGAUAAAUGUACAUAACGUUCUUUUCGUAAUAAAAACGUCUGAAAACAGAU